AUGGGUGGACAACGGAAGGCCAUGAACAGGCGUGGCAAGAAAUCAGACCUACCGCAAUCAUCAUACGACGUCUUCGAAGCCUCCGACAACUCUGAGGCAGAGCAGCUGACAAACCGGCGGCAGCUGGAGCGUGUUGAUGUGCGUGACUACGAGGUUGACGAAAUCGACUCUUCAGACGACGAGGAUAUCGACAGCGACGGCGCGUUUGAUGAGAGCGAUGAAGAGCAGUUUGGCUCGUAUAAAACCAAGACGGCCAAGGGA